AUGUCAUCUGUUCAUCAAUCACCUCGAAAAAGCAUUCUAAUAACUGGUGCCGCAGGUUUCAUUGCUUCUCAUGUCACCAAUCGUCUUGUUUCCAAUUACCCUAAUUACAAGAUUGUUGCUCUUGACAAGCUUAGCUAUUGUUCAUGCCUCAAGAAUCUACAACCAUCUUUCCCAUUUUCCAAUUUCAAGUUUGUCAAAGCGGAUAUUACAAGUCCAGAUCUCAUCAAUUACCUUCUGGAUGCCGAAGAAAUCGACACCAUUAUGCACUUUGCAGCCGAAACUCACGUUGAUAACUCCUUCGGGAAUUCAUUCGAGUUCACCACCAACAAUAUUUAUGGAACACAUGUGUUGUUAGAAGCAUGCAAGGUCACUAGGCGCAUAAACCGGUUUAUUCAUGUGAGUACCGACGAGGUCUACGGUGAAUCGGAUUUCGAGACGGAUAUUGGGAGCUCCGAGGCCUCCCAAUUGCUUCCCACCAACCCGUAUUCGGCUACAAAAGCGGGUGCGGAGAUGUUGGUCAUGGCGUACCAUAGAUCAUAUGGGAUGCCAAUAAUAACCACAAGAGGGAAUAAUGUGUAUGGUCCGAACCAGUUUCCCGAAAAGAUCAUACCCAAAUUUAUUUUGCUAGCAAUGAGGGGUGACCCGUUGCCCAUUCAUGGCGAUGGGUCGAAUGUUCGGAGUUAUUUGUAUAGUGGCGAUGUCGCAGAGGCGUUUGAUGUGGUGCUCCAUAAAGGCGCGAUUGGGCAUGUUUAUAACAUCCGCACGAGAAAUGAGAGGAGUGUGUUGGAUGUAGCUGCGGAUAUAUGUAAACUUUUCGGAUUUGAUGUCACGAAAACCAUACGUUAUGUAAACGAUAGACCGUUUAACGAUAAACGCUACUUUUUAGAUGAUCAAAAGCUAAAAGAUCUCGGGUGGGAGGAGAGGACUCCGUGGGAAGCCGGGUUACGGAUGACCAUUGCAUGGUAUCGUGAAAACCCGGAUUGGUGGGGGAACGUGACGUCCGCACUGCACCCCCACCCUCGGAUCUCACCCAUGGUACCAUCACACAAUGAAGAAGAGUUUUUGAUCAUGCAACAUAAAGUUGCAUGCUCGACUAAUGAUGUUAAGUUCUUGAUCUACGGUCGGACCGGGUGGAUAGGGGGAUUGUUGGGAAAACUAUGCACGGAUAAAGGGAUCCCGUAUGCUUACGGUCGAGGUAAGCUUCAAGAUAGGAAAACAUUGCUAAGCGAUAUACGAGCAAUGCAGCCUACACAUGUGUUUAACGCGGCUGGUGUAACCGGCAGGCCGAAUGUGGAUUGGUGUGAAACGCAUAAGGCCGAAACCAUAAGAACAAACGUCGUUGGAACGUUAAAUUUGGCUGAUGUAUGCAAGCAAGAAGGUGUUUAUAUGAUAAAUUUUGCAACCGGGUGCAUAUAUCAAUAUGAUACGGAUCAUCCUCAGGGUUCGGGGAUCGGAUUCAAGGAAGAAGAUAAGCCUAACUUCACAGGAUCGUUCUACUCCAAGACAAAGGCUAUGGUGGAGGGAAUGUUGAGGGACUACGACAACGUUUGCACAUUAAGAUUAAGGAUGCCAAUUUCAUCGGAUUUAAGCAACUCAAGAAACUUUAUAACAAAGAUCACACGUUACAACAAAGUGGUUAACAUACCCAACAGUAUGAGCGUGCUAGACGAGCUCCUACCAAUAUCGAUAGAGAUGGCAAAGAGGAAAUGUAAAGGGGUGUGGAACUUCACAAAUCCAGGUGUUGUGAGCCACAAUGAGAUCUUGGAGUUGUAUAGAGAAUACAUAGACCCUAACUUCAAAUGGGUCAAUUUUGAUUUGGAAGAACAAGCCAAAGUGAUAUUAGCUCCAAGAAGCAACAAUGAGUUGGAUGUAUCUAAGCUCAAGAAAGAGUUCCCAGAGUUGUUGUCAGUUAAAAGUUCUAUAAUCAAGUAUGUCUUUAAACCCAACCAGAGAGUUGAAUGAUUGUUUGAACUAAAUCGGUCGGCCUACGUACGAUCUUGGAGCCACAUGACCUAGAAACGAAAACAUGUCCGUGCUAGUAUAAGGCUUCUAAGGACACCGUAUUUCGCGGUGUAAGGAUACAAUGAAGGACAAAUGUUGUAGCAGCUAGUAAGGUCAUUUCUUUGUGUGAAGGACCCUUUUGGGCUUCUCAUAUGUAGUAAU